GUCGUCUGCUUGUGCUUUUCGUUCUAGUUGACUAGUUGUUCGAAAAAGAAACGAAAUGGUAUUAACGUGCGUUCGUGCCAUUAGUACAAUAUUAGUAUCACCGAAGUUUCGAUAAAGAGAGUAAGAGACGAAGUUCAGAUUUCAGAGAAAACUGAACGGUCUUUUUUUUAGCGUACGUAACUGCACGACAAAUAGGAAAACAAAAAAGUGAUCGUCAUGUGAACUCUGGUGUCGCGGCUCUCGAUGCCGUUUGGCAGAUAAAUAAAACUUGGAAUACAAGUUGAAUGAUUAUGAUAAACAACGUCCCGUUUGAUUGGACAAACUACCGAUGUCGGUCCGAUUUACGUCUUUCUUCUUCCCUUUUCUUUUAAUGUCCUCGUGUACACCCAUGCGAGUGUGGGGGUAUUCACGAGGACCCCUUUUUUCCCUAUCCCGCCUGAUGGAUUCACUAUUCUACGGAUGGAGCCAUAUUGGAUUUCCCAGGAUUAAAGGUCACAUGAACGCUUCUAUGUCUAGCGUUUGCCCUUCACCUGACUAUAUAAGCUCAGGUAAGAACGAUCAAAGAUAUCAGUUGUUCCACAAAUCAACCGACUACAACAUGAAGCUGUUCAUUAUCGCCGCUGUCUUGGCCGUUGCUACCGCUGCCAGCUACAAGCCGGCAUACAAGCCACCCACCUACUCCGCACCGGCCUACUCCAAACCAGCCUACUCUGCCCCAGCUUACUCUGCCCCAGCUUACCCAGCACCUGCCUACUCUGCCCCAGCAUACAAGGAUAACAAAUACGCUGACAUCACCAUCACCAGCCAAUCUGAUGAGCGCAAUCUCGAUGGCAGCAGCCAAUGGAGCUACGCCCAGUCUGACUACACCACCCGCGAGGAAUCUCAGGUCCAGAAGAAAAUGCAAGGAGUCAAGUACGACUCGUACGGUAAAGCCACCUACGAGGAUGUUAUGGGCAACACCAACAAGGGAUCUUCCUACUGGGUUUCCCCUGAAGGCCAGAAAUUCACUUUGACCUGGGCUGCCGAUGAUGCCGGUUUCCAGCCCAAGGGUGACCACUUGCCCGUCGCUCCCGUCCAUGUCUACGAGCUCCCAGUUGCUCCCGUCCACGAAUACGAACUCCCCGUUGCCCCCGUCCACAUUCCCUUCAACGGAAAGGGCUACAAGAUCUAUUAAAUUAUUGAUACGUGAUUGAAGAUAUAAAUUAUUUCCAAUGUGUUCUUUGUCAACAUUCUUGACAUUGUAUGUGUUGGCGUAAAUAUAAAUGCAGAACAUCGAAA